UAGUUUGUGAAGUUUAAAAACCGCAACUAUGACGCAGGAUUCAUAUCAGGUAGAAGUUCUGCACUAUUUAAAUCCGCAUUUAAUAUGGGUUGAAGUGAUUGACCCGCCAAAUGUAAAUCCAGGCGAGUUUGUAUUCGAACAAAUUGGUUUAUACGGGACUCUACCUCAAGAAGUUACUAUAUCCGAUGAUACAUUGAGCUUGGAAACGAAAAGAUGCGAAACCUGGGCGCCAGCGACAGUACUGUCUAUGAAGAAUAUCUUCCUCGAAUCAACGGAAGUUUGGUUUAGUCCUGUUCAUAUAGAGAGAAGAAAUUCCAUAUUUGACCACAAUAUCCACAAAUAUGGUGAGAUUAUAUUAAAAAUGCCAAAUGGAAAAAGUAAAUCACUAUCAGAAUUACUCGUAAAAUCUGGCUUCACCCUAAAUGAUCCUUGUCUUUUCCUCCAUGAGCUGAGUUUAGGCAAGUUGAACACAAAACUAAAUAAUUUUCAAAGGGACGAGGUAAUCAAACAACUAACACAACCCAACAAUGUAACAAGUAAGGAACGAGAAAAAUCUGUAAAAAAACAAACAAAUAUUUAUCAAAUUGCCAAAAAUUUGGAGUCCUCAUUAACUGUUCAGAAUUUGGAGAGACAUAAUAAACAUUUAGAUAUACAGGAUAUGCUUCAAAAGAAGAUAAAGGAUUUGGAUAAAUAUAAAGAUGUAGAUGAGGAAUCAGUUGGUAGAGGCACAUGUCACAAAGAGUCAGAACCAAAACGAAAAUCUAUGCUGCUAAGGAAAAAAUUAGAGUUGUCAGCACAGUCGCAAAGACAGACACAUAAAGAUGAUCCUCUCUCUAUGUUAUUAGCUACUAAGAAAUUUAUAGAAGCAAAUGCUACAGUUAAAGAGUAUGACAGUUCUGGAAGUAGUGUAAGAUUGCCACAAACCACUAUUCAAAAUACACAACACGUGGAAGAUGAUACAGUCAAACAUAAACAUUCCCCUGUAAAGUUCAAUGGAAAGGAAUGUGAAUCAAAAUUAACUAAUAUGAGAAAUAGAUUAAGAAAUGCAAAGAAAAAUAGUAAAAACCAUAUUCUUGAAUAUAAUGUAAACACAGAACAGCGCAUAGCAUAUGGACCACCAGGUAUUGAUCUGAAAAAGUUGCCAUUAAAAAUUGUACCCAAAAUAACAGAGGAUGAAGUGAUAUCAGUUGAAGUACUUGACAAGUUUGAAGAGAUUAAUGAAGAGAAAGAAGAGAACCAUGAAAUGUAUCAAGAUUUGGAUUCUGUAGCUAGUAUACAAAUAACUAAUAAAGAUAAAUUAAAGCUAAUGAAUAAAGAAAACAUAGAACAGCUUACAGUAAACAUUACCUCAGCCAAAUCUAUCGUAGAUGAGGUUCAUAAUGAUUCUAGUUCAAAGGAAUCAAAAUCAGAAAAAUUUACCAGUGAACCUCGUAAAUCACUUCAUUCUAAAGCACUUUUAAAGAAAUUAAGAUUACAUAAAGAAAGCAUGUUAAACGAUUCCUUAUCAUUGUCAUCAGAUGUUGGUAAGGAUUCAUCGUCUAGUGUAUGUGAAGGAAAUGUAACAAAUAAUAACAGUAUGGUUAGUCAAGAUAUGGAGGAUGAGAACAUUGAUGAUUUAGUACAAAAACUGUCGUUAGAAUAUGGUAAUGUCAAAACAAUUAGAUCUGAAAAUGAACCCACUGCAACAAAUGUCACAGAGCAAGAAAGUGUGAUUUUAAAAAAUAAUGUCAAUCCUUUUAAAAAUGUGGAUCCAAACAUUCCUGUAUUAUCGGUAUUUGUUGAAAAACUAGUAAUGCCUGUGCUUAUGGUUCAUAGUAAGUCGGAUAAGCGAAUUCAACCUUGUCUUUAUUUAAGAGAUGUAAAUUUUAAUACACAUAUUCAUGUAGUUCUUAAAAAAAUGUCUAUUGAAAAGCCUAUGAUGUUGCAGACUGUGUCUUGGUUUUCUAUUUUGCGUGGUUACAGUUUAUUCAUGAUAAGUCCAUUAGGCAGUGGUAAGACUAUGGGCUAUAUACCAGCUAUUUGUCGUUUAGUGUCGGAUUCUAGUUCGGUAGCAAGCACAACAGACAGUGUAGGCCCAUCAUGCAUUAUAGUUUGUGCGACAGCAAAAUCUGUUUCCGAAGUAGAGAAACUGUGUAGAAUGUUUUUGGGUAUACAAGAAAAAGUACUAACCUGCUAUGCUGGCAUGGAUGAACUGCAUAUAACGUCUUCUCUUCUGAAUGGUUGUGACUUGUUGAUAUGUACACCGUCAGCGUUAGUUAGAUUACUUCAAAUGACAGAUUUCGGUUUAGAUCUUCGCCGACUUUCCACUUUCGUUCUCGAAGAUUCAGAACGUCUUGCUGAAGUUUACAUCAAUGAGAUUAAACUAUUCCUCUAUAGUAUUAAAGAGAUGCUUAAAAGUAGAGCGAACAAAGAGUUGAAAGUCCAGUUUGUUGUAGCGUCUCGGAUUUGGUGCGGUUUUAUGGAAUCUCUUGCGAAAAAAGCUCCUCAUUCCGUUAUAUGUAUCGGAGCGUUUCAAGAGUGUGUCUUGUAUUCAAAAGCUAAUACAUCAGUGGAUUUUGUAAAAAAAGAGAACAAAAUAAAAAUCGUAUUGGACUUCCUAGAACAAAUUAAAGGGCCUAAAAAGACCGUGAUAGUCUGCCGAUCGAAUGAAGAGGUUGAACUAUUGGAAAAACAAUUGAAGAAAAGUGGUAAAAUUGUAUUUGGAUGUGAUAACACUAUGACGGUUCAUAAUUUGUAUAAUUUAAGUAAACAAUGGAAUGAAUAUGAAGAGCCUUUAUUAGGGCCAAUACUGAUUUGUUGUGAUGGGAACUUGACGCAUCUAAAUGUGUCAGACGCACAUUACUUGAUUCAUUAUUCUUUACCAGAAUUGUUCUCCAUGUUCUGCAAAAGAUUUUCGGUUUUAAACGACAAUUAUCCAUCGAUAUUUAAAGUGGAGAAUAAGGAUGUGAAAAUUAAAAUAUUUUUGGAUGAUAGUAACGUGGAGCAACUACCAAAAAUACUAAAUUUCAUUAAAAGAUGCACUAAUGAUAUCCCACAAUUUUUGGAUGAUAUUUGCUCGAAAGUUAUAAUGGAAAAGAACAUCAGUAAAGCGAAGAAACUAGUCCCACUAUGUGAUAGUCUACUGGCUUUAGGCAAGUGUCCCGAUUUUUGGAAUUGUUUGGAACGACACGAGAUUUUCAAAGAGUACGACGAGCCUAAGGAUUGGAUGCCAAAAACGGGUAUAAUAACCUUUAAAAUUUUACACGUGCAAACAACAGUAUUAUACUCUGCAAGAUUGCUAUCAAAUGUUACAAAAAGUAACACCACAAAGUACCCACAGACAUACAGCACUCUCUCGUUGAAAAUGGGGAUGUACUAUAGUAAAGAAUCGAAUAGACAAUUACAUGGCGUACCAAAAGUAGGAGAUAUAUGCGCUGUUUCGAUGAAAAUUAAUUUCUUUGCUAGAUGUCAAGUUAUGAAAAUUUUAAGUCAUUACAAGAAUGGUAAUGCUAAUUAUGUCCUCAUUAAGUUAAUAGAUGAAGAGAAACUAGAGAGAAGUCGAGAUAUUUAUUUAUACUAUUUACCAGAUGAAUUUAACAAGAUUGAAACUCAUGUAGUCCAAGUGAGAUUAGCUAAUGUAAAACCCAUGGACAAAGAUGUUACUUUUUCAGAACUUUCGAAACAUCAACUGAAAAUAAUUACCGACAAGCAAGAGCAUUACAUGAGAGGGCUGGUGACGUUAACGAUUGGAAAUUGUAUUUUUGUCGACACUUUAGAAGCAUGCCAAGAUUUAACUUCAUUGAAUGAAACGGUUGUAACUGAUAACUUUAAAAAGAUUCUUUUAGAAGCACACGCUAUCCCCAAUCCAGAUCACGUGUCUAAAUUAGAAAGUCUUUGUGGAGCUGGAUGUUUAGAUGUAAAAACACAAGAACCGAUAGUUGAAAUUAUGCGGCCCGUGAAUGAACAAGCGACUGUCCGUUGGGCUCAUAUUGAUAGUGAAGAAAUAUCUCCUGUAUUUUUCGGAUCCGCUGAAAGUCCAGGCACAUUCUUUGUUCGUCUUGUAAAAUUUGAAGACUGCAUAAAUACAUUAUUAAAAGAUAUUGCGAAAUAUGUUCUUGAAAACCCUGAACCUGUAACUGAGGUAAUACAAGGGGAUAUUGUUCUGGCAAAAUUCCCAGAUGAUUCUACUUACGAACGGGCGAGAAUUGAUAAGAAAUAUAGUAACAAUAGAGUUAAAAGUUUCUUUGUGGAUCAAGGCGAUUGGAGAGAUGUUCCAGUAAAUCAUUUAAUAGCAAUACCAGAUAAGUACAUUACAAAACUACCAUUUCAAGCCGUUGAAUGUCGAUUAAUUGGCGUGAAGCCUGCUGGGGAUGAUUGGACUGAAUUUGGUAACAACUGGUUUUAUGAUAACUGUUUUGAAGAUGCCAAUGGACGCAUGAAACAACUUUACAUAAAAUAUUUUACAAAAGAAAAAGCUCAGUAUACUGGUGGACACAAAUAUGGAGUAGUUUUGAUUGACACAAAUAGUGAUCAAGAUGUUGUGAUCAAUGAAUUAAUGAUUGACGUAAAUUUAGCUAAAGAAAAUGAAGAUGAAGUGAAAUAUUUUGAUCAAAUAAAGAUUCCUAAUAUACAGAAAGAUAACCAAUCUGUAACAUCAGAAGAUGAUUGGGAAAAGGUAUCAAUACAGGAAACAAGGAAAACUGCAAUAGUACCAUUUGAGAAUAUUUUCCGAAAUAAACCUUUAAGGUCAGUGCCUUUAGUUCAAGAUAGCGACGAGGAUUCAGAUCAGUGGGAUAUUAAUUUGUCAUCCGAAUUUUCAAAUAUGUUUACACAAAGUAAUGCACAUAAACAAAUUAAAACAGAGGAUUCAAAUUCAAUCCUUAAUGAUGAAAAAUUUAAACAAAUGCAUGAAAUACCAAAAUUAAUGGGAUCAGAUUCUAGCAGUAUAUGUAAUAUAGAAACUGUAAGUGUUUCGAAUGAAAUUGAAACGGUAAUCUCUUCAGAGAAUGCAUGUAGUAAUAAAAUGAAAGUUAAUAAUCAAAACAUUAAAGUAAAAAGUGAUAUUUCAGAAAUACAGGAAUUGGAUUCUGACGACUUCUCAUCCGCAAAGGACAGUCGAGAUUCAGAUGUAACUGAAUUGGUUCAUACUAGUACAGAUAGUAAUUUUUUAUCUGAAGCUGAAAAAGGACCUUUUAUAACUGCAAUAGAUGAUGAUUUAAGAAAACCUAAAGUUGUUUGGAGGCAACAUAACACAUCUGUUAUUAUUAAAAUACAGUUGAUAGGCGUUGAACAUUAUGAUUUGGAAAUUGGCAAAAGAUUUAUGAAAUUUUCUACUGUUAAUAAUGAUACAAGAUAUGGCUUCGAAUUUGAAUUGUACGGAGUUGUGGACGACAAAAAAUAUUCACAUUGUAACAAAGGCCAAUAUAUUCUUAUACAUUUGAAUAAAGUGUUAAAUAAAACUUGGCUAACAUUGACUAGAGAUGGGAGUAUUAAAAAGUGGAUUGUCUAUGACGUGGAUUCCAUAGAUACAUCGUCUGAUGAAGAAGAAGAGGAAGAUGAUACAAUAACCAAUGUAAUAAAGAAUUUACAUGAUCAAGGAGAUUCAGAGUCUGAUGAUGACUUACUAGACGACAUCAGUUUCAAAUAUAAUGCUCAUUAAUUUUACAAUAAUGAUAUUCAUUAAGUAUUUAUACAUAUAAAAUAUUUGUGCCGAAUAAAAAUAACUUUUAACAAUAAUAUAAGUAUUGGUAAAGUAUUAUUAAGUAAGAAAUUGUAUGUAAAUAAUUAUAUUAU